GAAGUGCUGCUUGUUUUAACUCACAGCCUGUGCCGAUGGUUAAAACGGUGAGCGGGGUUUGACAGCAGUUCCAGCAUUCCUCCCGGACAGUGUUGGAGUCGCAUGUCUGCCUCAGAACACUAAACGCUGCCUCUUUCGGUUGUUUCAAACACCAACGGACGACGACAGCAAUACAGCUAGACUCCACCAUUUCUCGACCGCCGUCAUGGACUCCCCUCAGCAGCAGAAGAAAGCGGCGGGCUUUUCUCUGGACCUGGGACCUCUGAAGGAGCCUAUCGGGUUCAUUCGGCUCCUGGAAUGGUUCUUCGCCAUCUUUGCCUUCGCCACCACCGGAGGGUUUUCUGGAACCACCCAUUUCAAAGUCAAGUGUCCCGGGAGUGAUACUCAUGACGUCAAACCCGUGUUUGGAUACCCGUUCAGGUUACCAGCAAACCCAUUCGUAAUUCCCAGCUGCAACACCACCGCGAAGAACCAGACCUUCCUCCAGGGUGACUUCUCCUCCUCAGCAGAGUUCUUCGUCUGCGUUGGCGUGUUCGCCUUCCUGUACUGCACGGCCACCUUGGUCCUUUACCUGGGCUUCCAGUACAUGUACCGGCAGACGACCCGCGGUCCCAUUGUGGAUCUGGUGGUGACAGGUGCCUUCACCUUCCUGUGGCUGGUGUCCUCCUCUGCAUGGGGGAAAGGCCUGACUGACGUCAAAUGGGCCACAAACCCAGAAAACCUUGUGACUCAGUGCAAGGAUAUCUGUGAACCAGGAGAGUCCCCGUCUCUUGGCCGCCUCAAUGCCUCUGUGAUAUUUGGGUUCCUGAACCUCAUCUUGUGGGCCGGGAACUGCUGGUUCAUCUACAAGGAGACGCCUUUCCACAAGGACCCCAUCCCAGUGGAAGGAGGACCCACUGGGCCUUAACUGCGUUACCUCACUAAGGGUCCUGAAGCAAAUAAAAUCUAACAACCACCCUUCACCCCAAAUAUCCUCAACAAUCUCUCAUGUUAACCUGCAGGAAUGAAAAUGACCCCUGUAGCUCAAGCACUGGUCUCUGACAUCUGAGGUAUUUCUCAGUUCAAGAAAAGAACAACAAAUUUGGACUUUCAUUCUGAACACUGGAUUCCAGCCUUCUUUCCAGGCUUUUUCCACCUUCUUUCGAGGUUUUUCCAGGCUGAAGCCUUUGAGAGGUCUCCAGUUUGUUCCUUUGCUCAGAUGUUCAACACUAAACUGAUCAGGAGAGAUUGUCAUUCCCUUUAAAACUUGUUCUCAAAAGUGAGAAUUCCUCUUUUUUUCUGCUUUUAACUUUUUUCUGUUAAACUGACUAAAACUUGGUUGUGUUUAGAUGCAAGUUUUCAGUUAACAAGACACUAAACCGGCUGAUUUAGUUUGCAUGAAUGUGCAAAACGCCUGCCAAUCACAGCCAAAGCCUUUCUGUGUACGUUUGUUUUUUAUUGACUUUUCUCACCUUUUCUUUUUUGUCAAGUCUGUCAGCAGAGCUCUGUUUGAUCCACCAGUUUUGGCAUCAUUUUGAAAACACUGAAAUGAACAGAUGAGCUUAAAGAGAAGACUGUAUGUUUAUGUUCUGAAUGAUCUUUCUGUAUUUUAAGCCUCGUUUGUUUCAAAUGAAACCAAGUUUUUUUUAAGUGUGUAAAACACGAGAGCUGCACUGCUGCCA